AUUUGUGUACACGAGAUAUCUAGUGUACUAGUGUAGUACACAACAAUUGUAAGCUCUUCACGAUCGCUUUCGAUCAUCAAUUAUUACUUCAAAUUUCUUACCAUUUGUCCGAUUUAGACCUUGGUUCAAAAGGUGGAAUCUCCAACCCCAUGAGCCCCUCAUACCCCGACUCGAUAGGAUUUUUGGAAGGAUGUUAAUCACGGUGACUCAGUCGGCUCAAUGAUGGUAGACCUUUUUCCUGUGCGCACUAGAGGUCCAACCUUAUUUCAGGUUCUGUGACCUCCACACGGCCGCUACGGGUUUCAAAUCUUGGUCACUUGCUCCAAAUUUCUCACCACUGUCCGAUUUAGACCUAUAGUACUCAUGUAAGCAAAUUUUCAUACGGAGUAUUCAUUAGUCAAACGCCUAAACGCGUUGAACUUGGACACCCGGUUCUACACGCAGCACACAGUGCGGGUCUAUGAUUAGAUAGAUACACUCCAACUUGCCUGUAUUUUAAUCAUUUUCUAAAUUCCCCUUUCCCAACUUUCAUUUCUUCUGCUUCCAAGCAACACCCAUUUAAGGUUCCAAUUCCAGUUCAUAAAUACUAGAGCACCCAUUUCACACCAUUUCUAUAUCAGCUCUUUACCUCUCUUCUCAUCUUCUUUUAUGUUCCCUGCUCAAAUAUACACUUCACCUCUGUUUCUGGAAGCUGCAGGAUCAUGGCUGUGCUGGGAGAAAACGUUUUGGAUGGAGAUCUGAUUACGAUUCGGGAGGUUUGGGCGGAUAACAUCGAAUCUGAAUUCGAUCUCAUUAGCCAGAUCGUGGAUAGCUAUCCUUACAUCUCCAUGGAUACGGAGUUUCCCGGAGUUGUGUUCAAGCCGGAGAAUCAGACUCACCGUCGCCGGAGUGGAUCUCCGUCGGCUUCCGAUCGCUGCGCCGACCAGUACCAGUCGCUAAAGUCAAACGUUGACGCUCUCAAUCUGAUCCAGCUAGGAUUGACUCUUUCCGAUGCCAGCGGGAACCUGCCGUUGCUCGGAUCCGGCGGGACCCGGUGCAUCUGGCAGUUCAACUUCUCCGACUUUGACCUCGCGCGUGAUCUCCACGCUCCGGACUCGGUGGAGCUGCUCCGCCGGCAGGGCAUCGACUUCGAGAUGACCCGUGAUCGCGGGGUUGACUCGGCCACGUUCGCCGAGCUGAUGAUGUCAUCCGGUCUGGUCUGCAACGAGUCGGUCAGCUGGGUGACGUUCCACAGCGCGUACGACUUCGGGUAUCUGGUGAAGAUCCUCACGCGCCGCGCUUUGCCGGCGGGCCUGGAGGACUUUUUGGGCAUUUUGAGGAUAUUUUUCGGGAGCCGUGUCUAUGACGUUAAGCAUCUGAUGAAGUUCUGCCAGAGCCUGUACGGCGGGUUAGACCGGUUGGCGGAAAUAUUGGAAGUGGACCGGGUUGCUGGAAAGUGUCAUCAGGCCGGUUCUGAUAGCCUGCUGACAUGGCACACUUUUCAGAGAAUGAGAGAUAUGUACUUCGGUAAGGAAGGACCGGCAAAACACGCCGGAGUGUUGUACGGACUAGAAGUUUUUUAGGAGUAUAAUUCAUUUGGUUCUAGUCUAGUCCUUUUAGUAAAUAAAAUAAGCUUAAUUAUCAAAUUCUUUUGCCUAUCAGUUUAAUGAAAUAGAGUAUUAAAUUAAGUCAGAAAGAUAUUAAAUUAGUGGUGCUUCAAUAUGACCGGUACAUUACUUUCUCA